AUGUCUGCCGCUUCCGCUGCCGAGACCAAGCCUGAGGCUGUCGCUCCCGCCGUCGACGCCUCGGCCACCUCCCCCUCCGCUCCUGCUGCUGAUGCUAACACCGUCGCUGCCGACGACAACGCCGACGGCGCCAACGUCGACCCCAACGCUACCCUCCAGGUUCGCGCCCUCGUCUCCACCAAGGAGGCCGGUAUCAUCAUCGGCAAGGGUGGUGCCAACGUCGCAGAGCUUCGCGAGCAGACUGGCGUCAAGGCCGGCGUUUCCAAGGUCGUUCCCGGCGUCCACGACCGUGUCCUCUCCGUCACUGGUACUCUCACCGGUAUCUCGGACGCCUUUGCUCUCAUCGCCAAGACCAUCCUCGAGAACCCUCUCAACGCACCCGUCCAGGCAGACGGCUCCCCCGCCGAUGCGGCUGCUCAGACCACCUCGGUCCGUCUCCUCAUCUCGCACAACCUCAUGGGCACCGUCAUCGGUCGUCAGGGUCUCAAGAUCAAACACAUCCAGGAUCUCUCCGGCGCUCGCAUGGUCGCCUCCAAGGAGAUGCUCCCCCAGUCCACCGAGCGUGUCGUCGAAGUGCAGGGCUCCGUCGAGGCUAUUCGUGUCGCCAUCCACGAGAUCGCAAAGUGCCUCGCCGAGGACUGGGACCGCUCCCAAAACGUCGUCCUCUACCAGCCUGGUCAGGGUGACGGCCCCGGCAUCCUCGCCGCAGGUGGCAUGGGUGGCCUUCAGCAGCAGGGUUCGCGUCGCCAGGGUGGCCCCGCUUACCUUGCCGGUGCCAUGAACAACAUGUCGCUCAACUCGAACGCAAACGGUGCCUUCAACUCGAACCGCCGCGAUGCCGCAGCCGCAGCUGCUGCCGCCGCUAGCAACACCAACAGCAGCAACAACAACGCUGCCGGAUCUCGCCGCACCGACCCCAACGCAGUCGUCACCCCCGGUGGAGGCCUCGUUGCCGGCGCCACGACCAACUCUGCCACCGCCGGCGAGCCCAACGCCUCGGCUCCCCCCCUCGUCGACGCCGCCAACCUGCGCACCCAGAACAUCUCGAUCCCUUCCGACAUGGUUGGCUGCAUCAUCGGCAAGGGCGGUUCCAAGAUCACCGAGAUCCGCCGUCUCAGCGGUUCCAGGAUUUCGAUCGCCAAGGUUCCGCACGACGAGACGGGCGAACGCAUGUUCACCAUCCAGGGCACCCCCGAGGCCAACGAAAAGGCGCUCUUCCUCCUCUAUAACCAGCUCGAGACCGAAAAGGAGCGUCGCCAGAAGCAGACAAACGCCGGCGGUGCAAAUGGUGGCGCCGUCGACGACGAUACCCCUGCCAACGCCUCUGCUGCUGCCACUUUGGCUUGA